CUCACCAAAUCCGCACCUGAGGGGUCGGCGGUGAAGUCGGGAGACCUACACUCGAGGCCUUAUGAGAGACCUCGUCUCUUCUGCAUCCGGGCUUGUCUGAAGAGGACCGAGGGGGCGCAGCGGGACUACCAGGCCCACCAUGGCUGCUUCGCCGAGUCAGAAGAACCAGCUGUUCCUGGGCCUGUUCAUACACAGUAUCAGGCUCGGCGAGCUGCAAUACCUGCACGAUGCUGCGGUCUGCGUCGACAAGGGUGGCAAGAUCGUUGCCGUCGAGCUUCCGUGCGAUCAGGAGAAAGCCGAGGAUAAGCUGUAUCCCUCGCUAGGCUGGACGCCUGGCGACGUGCUCGUCACCGCCGCAAAGGACGGCCAGUUCUUCUUCCCCGGCUUCGUAGACACGCACCUCCAUGCGCCGCAGUACCCGAACGUAGGCAUAUUCGGCAAGUCGACGCUGCUCGACUGGCUGAACACCUACACCUUCCCGAUGGAGGCCUCGAUGGCGGAGCUGCCUCGCGCGCGGCGGGUGUACGCGCGCUGCGUCCGGCGCACGCUGGCCCACGGGACCACGACGGCCGCCUACUUCGCGACCAUAGACGUGGCCGCGACGAACCUGCUCGCGGACCUGUGCCUCGCCGCGGGACAGCGCGCCUUCGUCGGCCGCGUGUGCAUGGACCGCCUCGGGCCGGAGUACUACCUCGACGCGUCGCCGGCGGCGGCGGCCGCCGCCGCGCGCGCCAGCAUCGACCACAUCCGCACCAUCGACCCGGGGUUCGCGCUCGUCAGCCCCGUGCUGACGCCGCGGUUCGCGCCCGCCUGCAGCGCGGCCGCGCUUGCGGAGCUCGGCGCGCUCCGCCGCGAGACCGGCCUGCCCGUCCAGACGCACGUCUCGGAGAACGCGGACGAGGUCGCGCUCGUGGCGCGCCUGUUCCCCGGGCACGCGUCCUACGCGGAGGUGUACGACGCCCACGGCCUGCUCGAGGGCGGCCGCACUAUCCUCGCCCACGCCGUCCACCUCACCGACGCCGAGGCCGACCUCGUCGCGCGCCGCCGCGCCGGCGUCGCCCACUGCCCCUGCAGCAACACGGCCCUGACGAGCGGCGAGGCCCCCGUGCGCUGGCUGCUGGACAAGGGCAUCGCCGUCGGCCUCGGCACCGACAUGAGCGGCGGCUACAGCCCCAGCGUGCUCGAGGCCGCGCGGCAGACCGUCCUCGUGUCGAACCACCUCGCCAUGCCGGCCGCCGCCGCCGGAGUCGAGAGAGCGCCGGACAGCCACCGCCAGCCGCCCGACGAUAACGAGCGUGCGAGGGCUAAGCUUAGCGUCGAAGAGGUGCUGCACCUGGCGACGCGGGGCGGCGCCGAGGUGGUCGGGCUGAGCGACCGGGUCGGCGGGUUCGAGGCGGGCAAGGAGUGGGACGCGCAGCUGAUCGGCCUCGCGGCGGUGCCCGACGGCGGCGGCGAGGAGGACGGGGGCCGAGCGGGGGCGGGGGCGGCGGACGAGGGAAAUGUCGACGUCUUCGGCUGGGAGACGUGGGAGGACCGCGUGGCCAAGUGGGUGUUCGGCGGCGACGACCGCAACGUCCGCAAGGUCUGGGUGCGCGGACGGCUGGUGCACUCGCGGUCGCCGUCGUGAGGUGAGACGGGGCGUGUGCUGGGAAGGAUACAUACCACUGCUCCUCGUGUCCGUCCCCCCCUCCCCUCCCCCCCCCCCACGUGAGGCACCGGAUACAAUACGCGCCAUACAUACCUAUACACAUGCGCUACGCGCACAACACGUACACAGACAGGCUCGUCCGAUACGAGGGAUUAUUCACGUACCUUAGGUACAUAUAUGUAGGUACUGUUCGACGAAGAGCCUUUGCAGGCCUUUCGCUACACGUGCACAUACACAUACACAUACACACACGCACAUACGGAGCACGGGGUGAGGGGGCUCACACCUCACACCUCGGUUUAGACUUGUUGUAGAAUGCCCGAUAU